AUGACUAGUUCCUCUGCAAAAGUUGACGAUAUAUUUCGCGAGGCGGGAACAGCGUUCAACAAACUCUCUGAGAUGACUAUGUCAUUACAAUCUGCGGAAGAUUCAGUUUCAGCAGAAGUAUGGAACCCAGAAGAUUUGGAGACACUGCGCUCAAGUGUACACCGCUUUGCUGUUGAACUGAAUAAAAUUAGUCAGCAUAUAAAACUAAGAACAAUGUAUAACUUGCGUCGAUUAUUAGAAUUGGACAGCGGUCUAAUUCUAAGUGUCCAAGGUUCCCUUCCCGAUGUCAACCAACAACCAUCGAUGUAUGUAAUACAAUCGCCAUCACUCGCGACAAGUUCGCAAUCAAGUUGGGUUGCGUAUGCAGUUCCUGUAAGAACAUACAUGCCGAAUACAAAUCCGGCAAAUCUUGAAUUGCCGCCUUUAGCGCCUUGCAACGAAAUCAGCGAUCUUUCGGCAUCAAACGAUGUAAUAAUACCUCCAGGCAUCCAGAUCCAAUCUGACCUGGAACCACUGCCUGUGCUCCACCUUUCGGACCUAGAGCCCAGCCUGUCGCAGACAGAUAGUAAAUUAUACAAUCCUGAAUCGAACGAGACUUCAGAGAGUGAGCUAGACGGCUUCAACCCGGAGGUGGUGCCACCUGUCCCUCCUGAACAAUUACUACAAAGCGAAAAGAAGAAAAAACUAAAACGAAAAACACCCGAUCAACAACCGGGUGAAAGUGAAGUAAAUAAUAAUGUGGAUGGUGACAUUUGUAUUACUGCGGCACAGUUAUUGCGCUACUUGGACUCUCAAGAGCCCAACUUACCGUCUCCGCAGGUACCCAACGUGCAACCAUCAAUUACUGCACCCCCAUCGGUCGCAUUAUCCGGUUCAGCCCUAACUCAUACAGAAACCCAAGACGCGAUUAUGCCAAAUAACAGCCUGAGUGGAUUAAAGCAACAACAGAUAUUGCCCCCUCCAAAUGAAGACAAGAGGAAAAGUGGAAAAUCUAUAUAUAUAAACAAUCAAAUACACAAUAGAUCUAAUAAACAAAUAAAAUCAACGAUAAAAAAGAAAAACCAGACACAGAAGGCUGGUCCGGCUAAAAAAGGAACGAAUUCUACAAAAGUCACGCGCCUCGAAAAGAAAGGAAGUAAAGUUGUGGACGUUAUUAAUCAGAAAUUGCAAUGUUUUAAUGACAAUGCCAGACACUUCGAUGUGAAAGAAGAUUCGAGUUUCGGGUUUGCGGAACACAUCAUUGAUGACACUAGCAUGCCUAUUCUAACCAAACAGCCAGACCCAGUAGUGAAUCCAAUAACAGACAAAGAAAAGCAUGAUCCUUUUGUUUUCUGUGAUUCUGAACCUGCUCCCGACCCGCUUAGUACUUUCCGAGCUCGUUGGUGUAGCAAAAGAGUCUCGCUUACGAUUCCCAACCAGUCUACCAGCCACCAGCCACCGGCCACAAGCGAAAUAACGAAAAUCAAAUCGUUACCAAUAACACCAAAAAACAGUCCAAAAAAACAAGACCCAGAAGCUGCGAAACCUGUAAUACCAAAUAUGGCCACGUCCGUGACUCGUGUCGUGACAAGGUCGAAAAGCCGCCAGGGAGAGCUUCUUCAACCGUUGCUUCCCCCAAAACGUUCCCGAAGAGGCAAGAAGAUAAAAUCCGAAAAAUAA